CAUUUUUUUCAGAGUAUCGUCCUCGAGAUGAAUCGAUUGGGGAUGAUGGUGGACUUGUCGCACGUCUCCGUGCCCACGAUGCUCGUCGCCAUGAAGACGUCGAGGGCGCCCGUUAUUUUCAGCCACAGCAGCGCCCACGCCCUUUGCAAUUCCUCGCGAAAUGUGCCUGACCACGCGCUGCGACGUUUGGUAAGUUAUCUGAAAAUAACGUCUUGCUUUCUUCGCGAGUUACAUCGAGACGCGUCACGAUCCCGAUCACUUUAUUUCUGUCUACAGGCGCAGACUGAUGGUAUAGUUAUGGUAUCCUUCUAUCCCCAUUUCAUCAGCUGUGGCGAGAAAUCGACGCUGGAAGACGUAGCCGGUAAGAGAAACACGAGUUCCUUCACUCUCGAUUCGAAAUGUGAUUGAAUUUUUUGAAUUGCAUCCGAAAUAUUUCUGCUAUUGCUUGCAGAAAUCCCAGCUGAAUUUUAAACGCUAUUAGGUUCGAUAAUGUGAGACACAAAAAUUCGUAGUUUACACCGUUCGAUACCGAUGAUGCACGAAAGCUUUUAAAUCCCUGCAACUCCUUGUGCCAAGUGUUUGCACGCACCGUGCGUUGACAAUGCGUGUGUACACGCGAUAAUUGUUAGAUAACCGAGUAGCUCGAACCCCUCUACGACCCCUCUAUUCAUAUCCAGUAAAUAUCGCUUUUACGAGCAAUUUCGAAUGCUGGUAGAUAAUUGUUAGACACCGGAUAGGACGCCGGAACGUUGUGCUUCUCCACUCGUAGCCAGAACGAUAUCGCCUUUGUUUGAACCCCGAUAGAGUUGCUCGGCUAAUCCUUCCCGUUUCCCGCUGCAAUCAAGAUUGCCUCCGGUCUUUAUUUCACGUAACUACGGCAACACGAUCACCGUCCCAUAUUCGAGGAUAAAAGCUAAUUGAAGGGGACACCGGAGAGACCACGUCGAAUGCUCUUUUUUCUCCCCUUUGCCCCGCGCGUUAAUAUGAUUUCCCUCCGACUAAGCCGCCGCCUUUCAUCCUUCUCUUCGCCGUCUUCAGAGCAGACCGAAAUACUUUUCCCGACAUUUUCCCCGACGUGUUAGAAGGACCGCUAAACAGCUCCCCGCGACAGCCGACAAUUUUCUCCAAUUUGUUUCGACCUUAGUGCUCGCAACUGUGUGCCCGAUGAAUCCGUGAAAGAAUUAGGAUAAAGACAGAGAUAGAGGUUACACACAUUUCGCGAGAGAGUAAUUUGAAAGCAAUUUAAAAGUGACGUCAAGUGUUAAGAUUCUUUCGUCGUUUCUUUCUUCGCAAGAUGUACUUUCCACGAGUAGAAAUAAUCCCGAUUGGUAUAUUAGAUUAACACACCGUCUCCUCUGCCGAGUGUACUGGCCAAUAAAAGUGUACUGGAGCGAAAGGAUAAUUUAAAAUUACAUUGAAUAAAUCAGUUUCAAAUGGCACUCGAUGGAGAGAAGAUUCGUCGUCCAGAGAAGGACGGUGA